UAACUUAAAAGAUUUAAUUGCUACCGUUUAAAUGAAGACUUAAAUAUUAAAAUUCAAAAAGUGUAGUAAAUUUAUCAAAUUAGAGGAUGCAUUUUGGUUUAAACUGCAGAACGCUUCGUUUCAAUCCACUUUCCCUUUCCCUUUCCCUUGUCACUGACUAAUUAAUAAACUAAAAAAAAUCUUUAAAGUUUGACUAAAAGAAGAAGAAAAAAAAAGGAAAAAAAAAGAAAGAAAAAGAAAAAAAAAACUUCUCUCUUCCUCAUGUCCAUAAACGGCGACCUUUCAGAUGGAACCGCAAUUCUCGAAGCACCGAUCGUACGGACAACCAGCGCACCACCACCAUCACCAGCCGCAAUUGAAAAUGUCGGUUCCACCGCCACCGCCUCCUCCACCACAGCACUCCGACAACGACCGUAGCUGCAGCGAACUCAGAGCCUUCGAUUGUAACCUCAAUUCCCUUUGCGAACAUAUCCGAAUGGAAGGUUUCAACGGCGGUUCCUUCUCCGACAUUGUCGUUAACGCCAUGGGAUCCACCUACCACCUCCACCGCUUAAUCCUCUCCCGUAGCUCUUACUUCAGGAAUAUGCUUAACGGGCCUUGGAAAGAAGCUAAUUCUCCGGUUGUAACGCUAAACGUCGACGACAGCAACGUUAACGGCGAAGCAAUUGCGGUCGCGUUGGCUUAUUUGUACGGACACCAUCCCAAGCUUAAUGAUAAUAAUGCGUUUCGCGUUUUAGCUGCUGCUUCAUUUCUUGAUCUUCAGGAUCUAUGUGCUAUAUGUACGGAUUUUAUUAUAUCUGAGCUCUGGACUUCGAAUUUCUUAGCAUAUCAGGUUUUUGCCGAGAAUCAAGAUUAUGGGAUACAUGGAGAAAGGGUGAGGAAUGCUUGCUGGGGCUAUCUUUGUCAAAGUGGUGCCAUGGAAUUGAAAGAGGUGCUUCCUAAACUUUCAUCUCAGACGUUACAUGCAUUACUGACCUCUGAUGAGCUGUGGGUAUCUAGUGAAGAAAAACGGUUUGAACUGGCAUUGUACACCGUUCUCGCAAAAGGUGCUUUUUAUCAGCCGGAAAGAUCUGGUCAAGGAAGUUCCUCCUCUUCUGAGAUAGAUGUCGGCACUUCUCUUGAGUCUUCUAAAGGAAAGGGAAAAAAUUUAAUUGAUAGCUUUCAUGGUUGUGUAGUUGACAUACCAGCAGGAAUAUCUAGCGCUGACCAACAGGUUCAGCGACCUAAAUAUGCUCGUUCCGAAUCUCUGUGUCCCUGUAGCAUGGAUCAGUCUUCAUCAAUUAGUAGUUCAUUUUCAGAGGGCAUAAGAACUUCACAUUCAUAUGUUGAAAUGCCAAUUGGUGAUGGAACAAGCGGAGGAAUGGCCAUGGAGGGGCCAUCUGAGGAAGACUCGUGCUACCAGUUGAAUAACAGUAAUUGGCUUGCAAGCGAUCAAUCAAAGCAUUGCUCUUCUGAGGAUUCUUCCUGUAGUGGGCUCAUGUUGAAUGAUUGGGGAAGAUGUAGCAUGGCUUCUUUGUCUUGGGGUGGCAGGGUUGUGGGUAAACGACAGGUAAAAAGCUAUGCUAAAGGGAACUGCGGGGUUGCUGGUGAGGAAUAUGAUGCCUUUGUUAAUAUAUUUGAAGGGGGUUCUCUUCUAUAUUGCAAUAUGUCCUUUGAGGCACUUUUGAAUGUGAGGAAACAACUUGAAGAAUUGGGGUUUCCUUGCAAAGCUCUGAAUGAUGGCCUUUGGCUGCAGAUGCUAUUACGCCAGAGGGUGCAAGAAAUUGGAGCUGACACAUGCACAAAUUGCUGCCUUACUAGUAUGCAAUGCAGUUGCAGGCAGCCGUUUGGUAUUCAACAUGGAGUAGCUACUACAGGCUAUUACGUACAAGAGCAUGACCAAAGUCAUUUAACUGGCAACAUCAGAAAUGUGUAUGUGGCUGACAAUGCUCAAGAUGAAGGAAAUGGCCUUUUUAGGCCAGUUAGAGUGCAGGUUAGGGGGGCUAUUGAUGGGCUUGCAGGUAUUGGACGUGGUGCUACUUCUGUUCCUGCAACUUUGUGGACUCCAACACGUUUUGUCUUUUCUCGUGUGCCCUUUGGUAUGGGCAACAGAAUUGGCCAGCAGUCUCCUGCUAAUGAGGAUUCAGAGGCUAGAGCCGACCAUAAUGGAGACAUGUCUGGAGGUGGCUUAACAGCUCUGGUGGAGUUAAGCCAAGGAGGCACUAGUAAUGCCAUUAAUGUUCGUGAAGAACAAACAGAGAGGAGUUGCGAGUUGGAUCCCCAAAGCAAAGUGCCAAUGACUUCUAUUGCAAGGCCAGCUACUAGUGGGAUUGCCAUGCAGAUGUUAGAGACACCAGAUCGAGCCAUUGGAAUUGACUGGGAGAAUGCAACUAGUUCUUCUAUAUCAUUGGACUUGAAAACCCCUCUAAGUCACUUCCCUUCCUUCCGUUUUGGGGUUCAAUUUGAGGAUGUGCACAGGCUCAGUGAUGGUCAAGUCAAGCACUCUCCUGAGUUCUUUUAUGCUGGUUCAUUGUGGAAGGUUAGUGUUCAGGCCUUUAAUGAUGAAGAUCCUCAAGGACGUAGGACACUGGGACUAUUUCUUCACCGUCGGAAAGCUGAAAUAACCGACUCUUUUGGAAAGGUUCACAUGUUUAUCGAUUCGCGGGAAAAGGUCACCGCUCGUUAUCAGCUAAUUUGUCCAUCAAAGCGAGAAGUAAUGGUGUUUGGAAGCUUCAAACAGAGGGGCACUCUUCUACCAAAAGCUCCCAAGGGUUGGGGAUGGAGGACAGCUUUGUUGUUUGAUGAACUUGCUGAUCUUCUUCAAAAUGGCGCCUUGAGAGUAGCUGCCAUCGUGCAGCUUGUCUGAAAUCAAACAACAAUGUUAGCUGUGUACAAAGUUACUUUUCGGAGUGGGAUCAUCGGAUACCGGUAUGUUCAUUUUUUUUUUUUAGGUUUUCCUGUGCAUCAGUGGAUCUUUUUGGAAGGUCAUAUCCUUAUCUAAUGGGUACUUGAAAAAAAAAAAACUGAAGAAUCGGAGCAACAUAAGUCUGGGAAUGGAACAUUGUAGGAAACUAAAACCUGACAAACAUUGCUUUCUGCAUUUUUGGUUUUCGAAAAAAAGGAAGGAACAGAAAAAUAAUUGUGAUUCUUGUAUUACCUAAUUUCAUUUGGCAUAGUUAAUUGUAUGUAUAAUGUAAUAAUGAUAAAAAUACAGAUAUUGUAUCACUCACCAAUGGAUGGAAUGAAUGCUGAAAUCAAGAAAUGUAUCAAAAUAA